CAAAGGAAAAAUAAUGAUAAUUUCCGUUAUAAAUAGGUGUUUCAGUCGUUAGUGAAUUACAAAUAAUAAGUUACAUAGACCCUAUAUAGUUAAAACAGAUAAAUUUACUACCCAGUUAGCAACUUCAUAUCAUAAUAAAAACACUAUUGAAAUCCGAAAAAAUUAUCCAUCCAUAAAAAAUUAUUAGUACACGAAAUUCAUCAUUAUUAAACAAUUGUAGUUAGCUCCAUUUUUUUUAGGAAAUUUUGUGAAAUAACUAUGUUUUUCAGUAUAGCUAUUUUAAAGAUUAUUUUAAUGACAAUAUAUUUCAAUUAUCUGUUCGCAUACAGAACAACAACAGGCGACGAAGAAAUGAAGCAUUAUUCUCAAGAUGCACUCACAGCUAUAUGUCAAAUGGAAUCGGAAGUUGCAAGAAAUGCUUUUAGAGACGCGAUCGAUUAUCGUACAAAUGAUCCGUACAUUGAAGAUUUAAUUGACAUUUGGUUGAGAAAAUGCAUUCGCUCAAAAAGUAAUAAUCCAAGAAGCAUACAGAAGCGCCCGUAUUAUGGCUGAGACUGAUUACAAUGAAUAUAGUGAAAAUGUACACAACUUAUUUCCAGUUGAUUGUUACUUUCUUUAUUGAAAAUAUACAACGAUAAAGCUUCUUAGUUACAA